AGUGUUUUUACGAGGCGAGUGGCGUCAAAUCAUAAUUAUUGUAUUUCAAAACAAAAUUCAACCGUAACUGUUUAAAUUGUUGUAAUUGUUAUUUUCCAAUAUAAUAUUGCCCCUGUUUUUGCGCGAAUAACUUUAGUAUUUUCUAAACAAUGACAUCGGCACUGUACCUCGAACACUAUUUGGACAGCUUAGAAAACCUACCAAUGGAGUUGAAGCGAAACUUCACAUUAAUGAGGGACCUAGACUCGAGAGCGCAAGAGUUGAUGAGGAGCAUCGAUAAAUUAGCCGACGAUUACAUGUCAAACGUAAAAGGUUAUUCGUCGGACAAAAAAAACGAAACCAUGACCAGCAUACAGCGCCAGUUCGACAAAGCGAAAGAGUAUGGUGACGAUAAGGUGCAACUGGCCAUACAGACGUAUGAAUUAGUUGACAAACAUAUAAGAAAAUUAGACUCUGACUUGGCACGAUUUGAAUCCGAAAUCCAAGACAAAGCCAUUAGUGCCACGAGAAACGUAGAAGAAAAUUCACAAAAAAGAGGACGUAAAAAAAUAAAAGACAAAGAAACCAAAAAGAAGAGCGCUUCGAGUGAAGAUGAAGCAACUAUGAAAACUUCUAAGAAGAAACAACUAAAAAAAAGUGGUGCUAAAGUGGCUAGUUCAGUACCCAGCAAAACUCCAUCGGUAAACACCGUCGUGAACCCAACAAACACGGUUAGUAAUACAACCAAUGUGACGGCCGAAGCCAGUACUUUAGUCGGUGCGUUGACUGGUGCCGGAGUCGCUCAUUCUGCCGAAGUGUUGGACAUGCCAGUCGAUCCAAACGAACCAACGUAUUGUUUGUGUAACCAAGUGUCCUACGGUGAAAUGAUUGGAUGUGAUAAUCCAGACUGUCCCAUUGAAUGGUUCCAUUUUGCUUGUGUUAAACUAACGACAAAACCUAAAGGAAAAUGGUUUUGUCCAAAAUGUAUAACGGAUCGCAAGAAAAAAUAACAUCUACAGUGUAUCAAUGACCAACAGCAUUAUUGAAUGCAAUUUAUCUAUAUAUUUUAUAAAUGUCAAAAACCUGAAAUAUAUCUUAAAAGAUAGACGGACAUGUUUCUUACAGUGUAAGGCACAAUGUCUUUAUAAGAUAUUAUACUGUGAUGUAAUACAUCUAUUUGAUACUUAAAUAUGCUAUUGUAAUUAUUGUGUAUAUACAUAUUGUAAUUUAAUCGUGACAUCGAUUUUUAGAUAGAAAUAAAAUAAUUUUACGAAU